AUGGAGGAAAACAAUCGUCUUGUGGCGUCUGGACCUGGUUCUGGCUGGAUUGGGCUGCGCAAAGGUUUCUUUAAUCGAUCAGAAGUUUUUUUAAACUGGGAUUCCUCCUGCGUUACUUCAGAAGCAAAUUGUGUUUAUACCUCCAACUCUGGAUUAUGGUAUUGUGAUUACUGCACAAAUAUAAAGAGUUUCUACUGUGAUCAGUUCCUGAAUCUGGUGAAGGAGAAGAAGACCUGGGAAGAGGCUCAGGAGUUCUGCAGGACUAAUUACACUGGUUUGUCCUCUGUGAGCUCUGAGACGAGCCUGAGGCAGCUGAAUCUAUUGUCGGUGGGGACUGAGAAACUGUGGAUCGGUCUGCGCUUCAUAGAUGGACAAUGGCUGAGGGUGAACGGGGAGAGGCUGGAAAGCCCGGUCUCAAUGCCUUCGUGUCCAGCUCAGCCUUACAGCUGUGGAGCUCUCAACACCACAACAAACACUUUGCAGAUCCUGAACUGCAAUGAGAGGCUGAACUUCCUCUGCUACUAA